GGCGUCGAGAGUUGACAAAUGGAUGUGUAUGUUCGGCUAUCAUCCGCCUUGCUGAAAAACGAUCAGGGCAGGACAAGGGCAGUGUACAGCAUCGUCCGGCAUGCGAGUCGCCACUGCUCUCGAACAGGCAUGAUGCACACUCCGACGCCGUCUGCCUUCCGCCGACACCCUUCUUGCUCUUAUAAACCACGCCUCGAUCUUUCUCGAGGGCGCUAAGGCAGGCCGUUUUCCCCCUUCCCGCUCCACCACCAUGUUCCAAGUGAGAGUGCUCUCUUCAGUCUGCCUUGCCCUCGUUGGCCUAUUAAGGGUAAUCCCGACGGCAGUGGCUCAGCUGAGCGCACCGAACUGCACCGACGCGUCGUACGAGUGGACGUUUAACUCGCUAAACCAGGGGCCAUGCACGAUGGCCGUCUACCUCGAAGCUGUCUGUAGCAGUGGUUCAUUCAGUCUCCCACCGCUCACCCCGGGCAGCUUCUACACAGGGCCAAGUCAAGCUCAAGCAGGCGAUAUCUGCAUGUGCAACUCCGUCGUCUACUCCUUGAUCAGCGCAUGCGACGCUUGUCAGGGGGCUGUCUGGCUUUCAUAUUCGGAGUACAACCACAACUGCACUGCAAUUGCCUCUGAGGGAACGCUUCCAUCUGGCCUAACAAUUCCAAGCGGAACAAGGGUACCUCACUGGGCUUACUUGAACGUCUCAGGCCUCGACUCAUGGGAUAACACAUCCGCCUUUGCAGCGAUCGGUGGCGCAGAAUCCUCCGCUACCGGAGGCGCAACCACCAUCAACCCCUCCACAACCGGCCAAUCCACAUUCCCCGCCUCCCUGACCGAUGCCUCUAGCACCUCAACCGGUUCAGGCUCACCUGCCAACACCGGUUCCUCUUCCUCGUCCGGUUCCUCAUCACACGCCGGUGCCAUCGCAGGCGGAGUCGUAGGUGGAGUCGUAGGCGUCGCUGCCAUAGCUGGACUUAUCGCUUUCUUCCUGAUAAGGAGGAGAAAUUCGAGGGUGCCGCCAUCGGCAAUGUAUACUGGGGCUGGGAACGGGAGCGGUGGCGGCGGAGGGGGUGGGUUUGGGAUAGAUAGUACGGCUUCGCCUGGGUUUGGAAGUGCGGCAGGUCAGUGGGAUCAGAGCUUGCCAGGGAUGAGUGAGACGCCCAGGAAGUAUUAUAAUCCCUCGGACCCCAGCACGUUCCCUACAACGCCUUCGCCAUCGUCGCCAACGAUUCACACCACAACCAACACGUAUAACAAAGACUUACAGCCGAAUCGUAGCCAGUAUGCCGGGCUUCCAGAGGUCUGAGGAAGGCCACCUCUGUCUUUCCGGGCUGAUCACUAUCAAGAUAGUCCUGUAUGUAACGCACAAGACGUUGUGGUUGUAUUCGCUCGCUCACUGGACGACCAGCUUGUUACUUCAUCUCUUACCCAUCUGGGUAUUUGUACUCCCCCACUUGUCUUUGUUUUUUUUUUCUAUCUGGAGGUCUUAUUUAUUCGUGAUGUCAUGUCAUGCUGUGUCUUAUUCCUGGUCGUUGGUCCAGAAGAAGGUUCAACCAGGUCCAAAGGGAACGCUUAAUAGUAUAUCGUACAGUAUGGGGUGCUCAGUUUAUUACCAUGGGU